AUGCUGAUCACUCCCAGCCUUUUGGGCAGCCUCCUCGCCCUACUGGCCUCUCAGAGCGGCGCAGCCUAUGCUGCUGACUCGGAGCAGGCCAGUGAAGUCGGCGAGACUGUCAAGGGUGAUUACUUGGCUGAGGAGACGUUUCAGCUCACGGACGCCUCACUUCCCCAGAUUGAUGAGAUCGAUCCCGAUCAUGCCUCCCUUUUCUACCCUGAGAAUGCAUCCAAGCGUCGAAGUCUAAGUUCUCGUACUUCCACGAAAUGCAAGACUUUCCCUGGAGAUUUUCUCUGGCCCAAGGAGCCUGUUUGGAAGUUACUUAACCUCAUCACUGGUGGCGCUCUUGUCAAGACUGUUCCCAUUGCAGCGUCAUGCUACGAUAACCUUGGUGUUUACGACAAGACUCGAUGUAGUUAUGUCACUGACAAUUGGUCCAACUCCUCUCUGCAUAUCGCCGACCCAACCUCAGUCAUGUGGCCCUUAUACCAAGGUCGCACAUGCCAACCGGGCGAGACAGUUGUAGGCAACUGCACGCUUGGUGGCUACCCAUCCUACGUCGUCGAAGCGCAGAACGUUGCCCACAUACAAUUGGCUGUUAACCUUGCCCGAUCGCUUAAUAUGCGACUGGUGAUCAAGAACACGGGCCACGACUUUAACGGGCGAUCUGCUGGUGCCGGCGCCUUGUCGAUCUGGACCCAUCGCUUCAAGGGUAUCCAGUUCUUCAAGACCUAUAAGACCAAGUCUUACAGUGGACCUGCCCUCAAAGUUGGAGCUGGUGUUAUUGGCUCUGAGCUUUACCAGGCAGCUGAUAAGUAUGGUGUCACUGCUGUUGGAGGUGAAGGUUUGAGCGUGGGCUUCGCUGGAGGAUAUCUAGCUGGCGGUGGGCACUCGCCCAUGUCCCCUCUCUACGGAAUGGGUGCCGAUCAGAUUCUCAGCAUCGACGUCGUAACUGCAGAUGGCCAAUUUGUUACCGCCAACCAGGAUGAGAACACCGAACUAUUCUGGGCCCUCAGCGGCGGUGGCGGAAGUACAUACGGUGUGGCGACCUCAUACACCGUCAAGGCAUACCCCAAGAUCAAUGCUUCCAUCAUGACAUUCUCUUUCGGCACCAGCGAUACAGUCUCUUAUGAUACCUUCUGGAAGGCUGUGAAAGCUUACUGGAAGGCCAUUCCUACCUUCAAUGCUGCCGGUAACUAUGAGUACUGGGGUGUCUUUCAUGGAGAAGGCGACGCACUUAUCUUUUCCUUCUUCCCUUGGUUUGCACCCAACCAUACUCUUGCUGAAUUAAAGACUUUAACUGCGCCUCUUUUCAAGACCUGGAAGGACCUAGGUAUCGAGCCCGAUGUUGUCGCGUCUGAGCAUGAUAGUUACUAUGGAGCUUGGUCGGCCGGUUUCCCUCGGGAGGUUGUCGGCGGGGCUAAGACCAAGACUGCUGGUCGUCUCUUCCCUACUGAGAACCUUGUAGACCCAGCCAAAUUCGACAAGACCUUUGAUGCACUCAAGAGUCUUUCCGAUAAGGGCGGACAGGUCAUUGGGUUUGGUAUUACCGGAGGGCCAGGCCCUUACCCAGAUAACGCUGUCAACCCUGCUUGGCGAGGUGCUGCUAUGUGGGCCAUCUCUGUCAUUGACUUCCCUGAGGGCAGCUCCUGGGAUGUUGUUGCUGAGAAGAGCAAGACAUUGACAAACGAUUGGAUGAAGCCGUGGAGGGAUGUGACACCUGGUGGAGGUGCAUACGCCUCCGAGGCCGAUGUGACUGAGCCUAACUUCCAGCAGUCCUUCUAUGGUGCUGAUAAGUAUAAGAAGCUUCUUACCAUUAAGGACAAGGUCGAUCCUUAUGGUCUGUUCUAUGCGCUUCAGGGUGUUGGUAGUGAGCGGUGGUAUGUCACUGACCAAGUUCCUGGUGUGCCUACCCAGAAUGGUCGCCUCUGUCGCGUGUAG